UCCUAUAAUACUCAAAUACUCAAGGUAUCAAAGACAGAACGCAAAGCAGCUCUGAGAGAAGGCUGGCUGUCCCAGUGACAGAGAAAGAGAGGAGUGCUAUCUUUGAUGGGUAAUCACAGGUUUAGAUUGUCGGAUAUUAUGCCAAAUGCCUGGUUUUAUAAGCUCAAAGACAUGAGCAAAACCAGGAAGCAUAACUCCCGUGACCCCAUUAAGAAAAAACCACCCUCAACAACCACCACAACAUCACCAAGAUCCUACCUUUCUCAGCCGAGACACUCCUACUACUCCACUAGGUCCGACAAAUCCUACAAUUCGACCAAAAAUUGCUUAAAAGCAUCAGAAACUCAUUUCCAUAAUCCACCUAGAAAAUCAUCCAAGAGAAGAACCGACAGAAAAUCUAUUUACAAACCGUCUCCUAGACUUGUCACCUCCUCUGUCUCAGCCAAAAGUUGUAGCUAUCAGGCCACGCUUGACUUUACUUGCAAUAAGCCGAAUCCAAUACAGUCACCAACUUAUUGUGUCUCUCCCAAUGAUACAUUCACUGACUCUGACAGCCAUGAAUCUGUUCUUCCAUCCGAUUCAGAGUCUGAAAACUUUGCAGCUCCUGCUUCAUGUGAGUUAGCUUCAUGGUCGAGCCCUUGUGAUUGUAGACUCAGUUCUUCAACUGCUGAUAUUAUCAUCGACAUGAAUAAUGAAUCCUUUACGAGGGAAGCGAAAAAGCUAGAUAGAAUCGAUACAAUUUUGGAGCUAGACCUUCCUCCAAUUUUGACAAAGCCAGUGAAAUCUGAUGAUAACACCACUGAAGCCACUAAGUUCAGAAGUUCAUCAUCCAAGUCUUCUGUCAAAAUUGUCGAGGAGGAAAGCAUUAAGACUCAGAAGGAGCAUAAAGCCAGACCUCUUCUUCGAAGGUCCUCUUCUAAUUCUACAGGUAUAAGACUCAGAGCCAAUUCUCCAAGACUUGCGAGCAGGAAGAUUCAGUCCUUUGCCAGAAGAAGCUUGUCCUCAAAGAAUAAAAACCUUCCAGGGAGUUUUGCUGUUGUUAAGUCCUCCUUUGAUCCAGAGAGGGACUUCAGGGAUUCAAUGGUAGAGAUGAUUGUGGAAAACAACAUCCGGGCAUCGAAGGAUUUGGAAGAACUACUUGCUUGUUACCUUUCACUGAAUUCGAAUGAGUACCAUGAUCUCAUUGUCAAGGCGUUUGAGCAAAUCUGGUUUGAUAUGGCUGACCUCCGAUUGUAAGGAUAUGGGAUCAUGAUAUGCAUAUAAUCUUGUCGGUGUCACUACAUUCGAGCACCCUUUCUCGGUCUCUCUUCUUUGCAUUCCUCUGCUCCCAAGUUAAAUAUCCAUAGAUAAGCUAGAUUUUCAAUCUUUGCAGUUUAACUACGCGGUAGGGUGAUCAAUUACAAUUUGCUAUUAAAGAAUAACCAUUAAUUUCUCAGUGUCUUUUUGGCUUCUUUGAAUUUAUCAAUAAUCCCCAGCUUAUAAUCAACUCUAGCUAGUAGCCAUAAAAAAGUUCUAUUUGUUCCGUGUUUUUCCUAGAUUUCCAUCCAUUGGAUUCAAUCAUAAUUGAAUGUACCUCUUUAAGU